CACACGCCGUCCGGGAGCACGAUCGCCGCGUUGAAUUCUCACCGAUUCUCAUGGAAAAAGGCACGGCUCCCUGGCCACACAUGCACGGAGGCUAAUCUGGAGCAUACACGCGGAUGAUUCAACCACGCCACUUCGCCACCACGGACUUUAUCGGUAGAUCGGUAGCACAAGCGCACAGCCUCUCGCUCUCGUCGACCUAUAAAUUCCCAGAAGGUCUGUCGAACUCAGCAUCGAUCAUCACUAGUUCACAAUCACCUACUCACUGGUUCACUGUUGAGAUAGAGACUAGAGAGAGCAGCGGGCACAAUGGUUUGCAUUAAGGCCAUUGCUUUCGUAGUUGUAGUUGUCGCUGGUGCAUCAAUUGUCCCGGUGGGUGAGGGCCGCUCUGCUCGGAAGGACCUUGGUCUCAACCUCGGCCUUGGUGGGCUUGGAGUUGGUAUCGGCUUGGGUGGUGGUGUGGGCGCAGGUGGUUCCGGCUCUGGCUCGGGUUCAGGCUCGGGAUCCGGUUCCGGAUCAGGGUCGGGCUCUGGUUCAGGGUCUGGUUCGGGGUCGGGCUCAGGGUCAGGUGGUCUAGGUCUUGGACUUGGUGUUGGAGUCGGUAUUGGUGUAGGUGGUGGUGGUGGUUCUAGUUCCGGUUAUGGGUCGGGCUCGGCAUCUGUCUCUCGUUCUGGAUCAAUACCAGGCAUAGGAUCUGGUUCUGGAUCGGCAUCGGCUUCUGGGUCAGGCUCAACCUCGGGAGGGGGCGGGCUUGGGCUUGGGGCAGGACUCGGUAUUGGAUUAGGUGGUGGUACCGGUGGCUCUAGCUCGAGUUCAGGGUCAGGCUCAGCUUUGGCUUCGGGCUCUGGGUCGGGAAGCAGCUCAAGCGCUGGAUCAGGUGCUAGCUCUAGUGCAGGAUCCGGGGCCGGAUCAAGUGCAGGCUCUAGUGCCGGAUCAAGUGCAGGUUCAAGUGCAAGCUCUAGUGCUGGAUCAGAAGCAGGUUCCGAAGCCAGAAGAGUGCAAGGCCACCAUUGACGCGAGCUAGGAUGAAGACACUAUUCUCUAAAUACUAUGUUAAUUCUACCCGCAAGGCCAUACAUACAUAGUGAUUUCGACCAUGUUGAAGGAAAUGAUAUUUGAUGUAUUUAAUUUUGAUAAAGAUUAAACAAUUUGGUUAUAUAAAAACUUGUGUAUGCUUUGAAUAAA